CAACCUCUUAUGAACCAAAACGAAAGUAAAAUUGUCGGCUACAUGUCAAAAUUCCUGGUAAAAGGUUUUACCGGUUCAUUUCAAUGAAAAGUUUUGUCCAUAUGACCAAUAAAAUGAUUUGAGGUCCAAAGUCAAAAAACACAAUGUACAUCAAGUUGACCCUCACGGACCCGGUCACAAAAGCUGAAGAGGACGGCUGCAUUCUCCUCAAACGGACCCGCAACGCCGUAAAGAAAGUCACCGAACAAGAAGUUCAAAUCACCGACCCUGGAUAUCUCUGUAUCAUGCGUAUUAUGGUCAAAGGUCCAUUUGAGGUUGAUGGAGUACAUCGCUUACCUAGAAUAGGAAAAUUCUUCAAAGACAGCGACAUAAAGAUGAAAAUCAUCAAGAAAUUAGAAAAAGUCCUAAAGCGGUUAUUUUUCAGGAUGUGUAUACAAGCCAUGAUGAUUGUGAAGAUGAAUGAGUUUGCGAUGGUCAAGUUGUAUGAAGAAAUCUGCCUCCAGGAUAUCCGAGUGUUUGCCGUGUUGAUAUUACGGAUGUCAACCUGGCGGGAGACGAUUGUGGAUAUAAACGGCACCAAAACAACCAACCUUCGGGAGCUCCUACAGAUCUUUGCAUCUCCGGAGGAGAAUUCGGCCAACAUUUGUGACGAGACAUUCUUGAUGCAGAUGUCGCUGUGUAACUACAUCCAAGACCGGUGUGGGGACAAGUCAGAGAUAGGACUCAAGGCAGACAAGUUGCUGGAACUUUUUAAAGACACUCUCACUAAUAGAGGCCACAAGCCAAAGAGGCUGGAAGUUAGUUAUGGGAUGAGACCAGACAGAACAAUUGUUUUUUGUUCUUGAUAAUGUAUAGGCAAUGUUAAAAUUUUCUACAAUCAAUCAGAUAUACUUUCAGUUCAGUCCCAUGAAUGAAUGCUGGUUGCUGGUUUGCUAUAUUUUUGUUGUCAACAGAAUGGAUAUCCUGGUUGUUUAAUCUUUUUUGUUUUUGGUGAGUUGGUAGGUUUGAUUGAGUCUGUUAAUUGUUUUCCCUAUUUUGGUUUUUUUUGAUAAGUUUGAGAAUGGUUUUGAGUGAAAAUUGGAUUUUUUGAUGCAGUGUUUCAAAUUAUAAUGUGACAUAAAAUAGAAGAAAACUUUUGUGCUAUAGGCAUCUGUGCCAACAUCUAAAAUGUGUGAGCAUUAAGUUAUAAGGAAAUGAUGCAUGAAAUUACUAGAGUUAACUUGAGAAGGGGAGUGGGGAAUCUGACGGUUAUUUGAGUUUGGCGGGG